CAGAUGAUGACCACAAAUCUGGUCGACAACAUCUGGCGCAAAAGCAAAACUCCUCCAACCAAACACAACCAACAAAGUGGGUGAAAUUUAAAAUUUAAAUUGAAAUUGAUAACAACAAAGUGCUGGAAAUUUAUUGAAAGGAUUACAAGUGAAAUAGAAUGACACAAAAAAUAAUUCUCAUUUACGCAUUGGUUAUAAGUUGGAAUCCCAAGACAAGAUUAAAUGCAAGGGCAUCAUUGGAUACGACAUGGGAAAAUUCGGUGACGGCAGACACCGAAGUCGAAGCCGAAGCCAUGGCCUUGAAUGUUAAUAAAGGCAAUAAUGGGCUGUGGCAUCAAGCGGCUCAACCAAAAGAUUGGUGGCUAAAAACAUCUGGCAGAGCACAAUCAUCUACCAUGCCGAGCGAAUCAUCAAAGCCUUGGGGCGAAGCGCCAACUUUUGCCCACAUGGCUAAGGACCAAGUUCAAUUAUACAACAACAUGGCGGCUAAUCGAUUUCUCAUCCAUAACAAUGGCAAAGGAAAUUACACCAAGAAACAAAUAACCCCAUUAGCAGCUUCCGUGACUGCUCCUGCUGAGUACUAUAGAGCCUCUUCAUCGGCAUCAACAUCAUAUGUCAACAAUUUGCCCCAUGUAAGUCUGAAGCUGAAGCCAUAUGAGUUGACAUCAGUAGGUGAUGCCAACACCGAAGACAACUUAAUUGACAUCGAACGACAACGACGACGACGACGACCAAACAAUCCCUCCCAAAGGCAUGCCUGGAUGGAUCGCAACAUUACUCCCUACGUUGCCAAGGAUAAAGCAAUAAUCGCACCAAAUCAAGUGGAAAGCCAUAUGACACACACCUUAGAGACGCAUGGUAAUCGACAGCAUUAUAGAAAUGACUUGAUGUCACCUGUUCCACAUGACAGCAGACUUUUUCCCCUUCCACAGGGGGUGGUAUCGCAAAACGAUUUAAGUGUAAACAAUGUCAACUUUGAGGAUGAUGUAACAUCCACCCAUACCACUUCUUACGCUGCUCAUGAUAUUGAAACGAAUGAUGAAAACCUUAAUAAGAUGCUGCGACCCAUACAUCAAGCUUUGGAUAGAGUUAAACAAUUUUGUGAUAUUGUUAAGGAUAUGCUAACAACUGACAGUGGUAAUGAUGAUGAUGAUGAUGAUGGCUAUGACGAUGUCGACAACGAAAUCGACUCUUAUGAAAACAAAAUAGUGGGAGAUGAUAAAACGACUACAGAUAAGGAGCUUUUACAAAAUCAAGAUGGAAAAUAUGGCAAUGAUCACUCAAACCUCAGCCUUUCUCUGUUGACAAAUUUAAAAAUGUUGCUAAGGAGACAACCUGCAAUGGUGGAUGAAGGCCAAGGUCAAGUGGAACAUAAGGAAAACAAUAAAAGCCCACCAACUACAAGCCCAUUGGAAACUGGUAGAGAAGGAGAAACAAUCACUCCAAGAAUAUUAGAGGCGAUACAACCACAGUGGCAUGAUGUUUUUGCCGAAACAUUGGGAGUACGACGUGCUCCAUCAUCUCCUUUGGUUGGCAGUGAACGUAAAGUGAAGAAGAAAAUUAAGAAGAAAUUUAAAAAAUUUCUGUUACCUCUAUUGCUGGCAUACAAACUAAAAUUUUUGACAUUGAUACCGCUGCUCAUAGGAGGACUCACCCUGUUGGUGGGCUCAACAGGUUUGGCCGGCUUCUUUUUUGCUCUCUUUGCCGCAGUUAUGACCAUGAAAGGUGGCCAUGGAUACCGUAGUUCUUCAUAAGCUUUUAGUAUUAAUUUCAAUUUAAUUAUUUCGCAGAAUUCAAAGCAGUAGAGUGUGUGUAUGAAAAACUGUGGCUUUGGUUUAAAUGCAUUUUUUUUUUUUAAUAUUCUAUUUCAGAAAGUUCAAUGGAAAAUUUUUUUCCCUAUUUUAUAUUGACCAUAAUUACUAAUUAUAGAAAUUAAAUUAAUGAUAAUUUAAAAAA